AUGGUUCGUGUUUCAGUUUUAAGUGAUUGUUUAAAGGCUAUUCUGAAUGCUGAGAAGAUGGGACGUCGUCAAGUUUUAAUUCGUCCUUCUUCAAAGGUUAUUGUCAAAUUCCUGCUAUGUAUGCAAAGACGUGGUUAUAUUGGAGAAUUCGAAGUAGUUGAUGAUCGCAGAGCUGGAAAAAUUUGUAUUGAAUUACUCGGACGUCUCAAUAAAUGCGGAGUUAUCUCCCCACGUUAUGAUGUUCCUUUAUCCGAUAUUGAGCAAAUUAGUACUGACUUACUCCCAUCUAGACAGUUUGGUUACAUUGUUUUGUCAACCUCUUAUGGUAUUAUGGACCAAGAAGAGGCAAGAAGAAAACAUACAGGUGGUAAAAUCCUCGGAUUCUUCUUUUAA